AUGAUCCAUGCAUUGCACAUUAAAGAUGGGAAGCCUACAUAUGUAUCAAGAUACGUGAAGACUUCUCGCUUCAAGCAAGAAGAGUAUUUUGGUGGAGCAAAGUUUAUGAAGGUUGGAGAUCUAAAGGGCCUUUUUGGAUUGUUUAUGGUCUUAACGCAAGAACUUAGGAAGAAACUUAAAGUCUUGGAUGCUACUUAUGGAAUUGGACCAGCUAAUACUUCAUUUAUAUAUCAUCAUGGCAAACUCAUGGCCCUCUCAAAAUCAGAUAAACCUUAUGUUGUUAAGAUCCUUGAAGAUGGAGACCUGCAAACUCUUGGGUUGUUGGAUUAUGACCAAAGGUUGAAACAUCCUUUCACCGCUCAUCCAAAGGUUGAUCCAUUUACAGAUGAAAUGUUCACCUUUGGGUACUCGCAUGAAUCGCCUUAUUGUACAUAUCGAGUCAUCACCAAGGAUGGAGUUAUGCUUGAUCCAGUGCCAAUAACAAUACCGGAAUCUGUAAUGAUGCAUGACUUUGCCAUUACAGCAAACUAUUCCAUAUUUAUGGACUUGCCAAUGUUUUUUCGACCAAAGGAAAUGGUGAAGAAUGAUGAAUUUAUCUACAAGUUUGAUCCUGCAAAGAAAGCUCGUUUUGGUAUACUACAACGCUAUGAGGACGAGAAAAACAUCAAAUGGUUUGAACUCCCCAAUUGCUCCAUAUUCCACAAUGCCAAUGCGUGGGAAGAAGGCAACGAAGUUAUUCUGAUUACCUGCCGUCACAACAACGUAGAUUUGGACCAGGUCAAUGGUAACCAACGCGACAAGCUUGAGGACCGCGGGAAUAAGUUGUACGAGAUGAGAUUCAACAUGAAAACUGGUGCUGCUUCGCAAAAGCAACUGUCUGUCUCUGCCAUUGACUUUCCUCGAAUCAAUGAGAGUUAUACUGGCAGAAAGCAGCGGUACAUCUACUGCAUGAUACUUGAGAGCACAGUCAAGGUGACUGGCAUCUUAAAAAUGACCGGCAUCAUAAAAUUUGAUCUACAUGCCAAGCCAGAGAGAAGCAAGGAGCAUCUAGAAGUUGGGGGAAAUGUGACGGGCAUAUAUGACCUGGCACCCGGUACAUUUUGUUCAGAGGCAGUCUUUGUGCCCAAGGAGCACGGUGUUUCCGGUGAAGGAGACGAUGGGUACUUGAUAUUCUUUGUUUACGAUGAAAACACAGGGAAAUCUGAAGUAAAUGUUAUUGAGGCCAAGACGAUGUCUGCUGAUCCAGUGGCAGUUGUUGAGCUGCCAAGCCGGGUACCUUACGGAUUCCACGCCUUCUUUGUCAAUGAGGAACAACUAGGACAUCAAGUAGAGUGGUGA